AUGGUCAAGACAAGUGUCCUCAACGAUGCGCUCAAUGCCAUCAACAACGCCGAGAAGGCCGGAAAACGCCAGGUUCUUAUCAGACCUAGCUCCAAAGUCAUCGUCAAAUUCUUGUCCGUGAUGCAGAAGCAUGGGUAUAUUGGUGAAUUUGAGGAAGUCGAUGAUCAUCGCUCUGGCAAAAUCGUUAUCCAGCUCAAUGGCCGCCUUAACAAAACCGGUGUCAUCAGCCCCCGCUACAACAUCCAGCUCCGUGAACUCGAGAAAUGGGUUGUCAAGCUCCUUCCUUCUCGUCAGUUCGGUUACAUCGUUUUGACCACCUCUGCUGGUAUCAUGGACCAUGAGGAAGCUCGACGGAAGCAUGUUGCUGGUAAGAUCAUUGGUUUCUUCUAUUAG